AUGAGAAACCACACAAUGCUGACAGAAUUCGUCCUCUUGGGCAUAUCAGACAACCCAGAGCUUCAGGUUGUCAUUUUUAUCUUUUUAUUUCUGGCUUAUGUAUUGAGUGUUGCUGGAAACCUAAUCAUCAUCAUCCUCACUUUAACAGACUGCCAUCUAAAGACUCCGAUGUAUUAUUUCCUCCGGAAUUUCUCCUUCUUAGAGAUUACAUUCACCAGUGUUUCUAUCCCCAGGUUUUUGGGGGCAAUCAUUACUAAAGUCAAGACUGUUUCGUAUAACAAUUGCUUGGCUCAAUUAUUUUUCUUCAUCUUCAUGGGUGUGUCUGAGUUUUUCCUUCUCACUGCCAUGUCUUAUGAUCGGUAUGUUGCCAUCUGCAAGCCUCUCCAUUACACCACCAUCAUGAACAAGAAAAUCUGCAUCUUGCUAGUCUUUAGUUCAUGGCUAGGGGGAUUUCUUACCAUUUUUCCACUACUCAUGCUUAUCCUUCAGCUAGAUUUCUGUGCUUCCAACAUAAUUGACCACUUCUCUUGUGAUUACUUCCCCAUUUUGCAACUCUCAUGCUCAGAUACGUGGCUUUUAGAGACGAUUGGCUUUUACUUUGCUUUUGUGACUCUGCUCUUCACAUUGGCAUUAGUGAUUCUAUCUUACAUAUGCAUUAUUAGCACCAUUUUGAAAAUACCAUUGGCUACUCAGAGGAAAAAGGCUUUCUCCACAUGUUCCUCUCACAUGAUUGUCAUUUCCAUUUCCUAUGGAAGCUGUAUAUUCAUGUAUGUCAAGCCUUCAGCGAAAGAAAGAGCUUCAUUGACCAAAGGAGUAGCUAUUCUCAACACUUCAAUUGCCCCCAUGUUAAAUCCUUUUAUUUAUACCUUGAGGAACGAGCAAGUAAAACAAGCUUUCCAAAACUUGGUUCAUAAAGUGAUAUUUUCUAAAAAUAAAUGA